GGCUGACUGUGAGGUUUCAGGACACCGAUGCACAAGGAAACUACUCGCGGCUCAAAGAUGUUGAUGUUUGUGGUCACCUUUGCUACCUUGGUGUGCACCGCUGCACGGCCUUCACUCAAUUACCUGGAGAAUCAUUUCACCGCCGAGAAUGAACCAGAGGAAGUCCGCUCAGCUGCCAUAAAGAGACUUUUGGAGGUUUUUGGGAUGGAGGACCCCCCUGCUAUCCAUGGACACAAGCAGCCACCUCAGUAUAUGCUCGAUCUGUACAACACGGUAGCUGAUGUGGACGGCGUGACCAAGGACCCUUAUCUUCUGGAGGGGAAUACUGUCCGCAGUUUCUUUGACAAAUUGCGCAGUGAACAGGUGGAGUUCAGGUUCAAUUUAUCCACAGUUGCAAGAACCGAGAAGAUUCUCACUGCAGAGCUCCAUCUUUUCAAGCUGCGACCUCAGGCAACACUGACAUUCAACAGACAUCAUUUCUGUCAGGUUAGUGUUUAUCAGCUGCUUGACACCACCAAAAACAACAACACACAGGAGAGGAAGUUGCUGUCUUCUCGACUCAUCCCAGUCCACUCUACUGGUUGGGAGGUGUUCACCAUUACACAAGCUGUCCGUUCCUGGAUGGUAGAUGAAGGCAGUAACCUGGGGCUCCAUGUGGUGGUCCGGACCUUGGGAGGAAGCCCAAUGGAAAUGAAACUGAUCCGCUUCGCUUCAGGACGCAACCACCACCAGAGCAAGCAGCCCAUGUUGGUCCUCUUCACUGAUGAUGGCCGCCGCUCCACCACUCUUGAGAGCACAGGUGAGACUUGUUGAUUGUCCACUUCCAGCCUGCUCCAGGCCCCCAUGUCCGGCCCGUCUCGCAGUGCCCGCUCCCUGGACUACAGCGAGGAGGAAGGUAUGUCUAUGCCUUGCCAGCGCCUGCCCCUCUACGUGGAUUUCGAGGAAAUCGGCUGGUCUGGCUGGAUUGUGUCUCCCCGUGGUUACAAUGCAUACCACUGCAAAGGCUCCUGCCCCUUCCCUCUGGGUCAGAACAUGAGGCCAACCAACCACGCCACUGUCCAGUCCAUCAUCAACGCCCUGAAGCUGAUCAAAGGCAUCGAGACACCAUGCUGCGUGCCCGACAAGCUCUUCUCUAUCAACUUGCUAUACUUCGAUGAUGAUGAGAAUGUUGUGCUUAAACAGUAUAACGACAUGGUGGCUGGAAGCUGCGGCUGCCACUGACAUCUCUCAACUGGUUACUGGUGUUGGGCUGCAUAGAUUAAAAAUAUAAUGUAAAUCAGGUUUUGGUUCAAGCUGCCCUUUAAAACUCAAAUAAUGUGUGAUGUGCUGAG